CGCUCAUACCAUGUUGUAACUGACUGUGUUGUGUCUUGUGCUGCUGUCGUCCGUAGUACGUGUAGGUGUGCGCAGUAAAUUGCCUGCUCGCUGGCAAAGAAUCGAACAUUGUCGACUAUUCUUCUCCGCAUUGGCUUACGCGUUCGCUCCUCGCCUUCUGCAGCCUACGACUUUGCUUCUUGCCCACCUCGCUUCUCAAUCUGGUUGCCCCCCUCUCUCUCCUCUAUCGUUGAUGACAUCCGUCGGUGGUAUGAAGCGCCAGUUUGACGGAGGCGAUGACUUCGACCCGUCCAAGCGCCAGCGCAACUCGCAGUCGGCAUCGCGGGUAACUACUUGACUCUGACUUGGCUUGGUUCUAUGCUUACACGUUCUGAUCCGGAUGCAACCUGCUCACUCUUCCUGUCCUGCUCUUUGUGUCUUGUGUCCUGCCCUUGCCACCACGUAGGUUGUGUUCGUCUGCGGACUGCCUGCUGACUGUCUCGAGAGCGAGCUUCUCGCGCUUUGCUGCCCCUUCGCAGUCGUUGAGAAGAGUCUCAUGAUCCCUCAGAAACGCCAAGCGUUCGUGCAAUUCCCAGACGUCACAUCGGCCUCCAACCUCGUCACUUUCUACCAGACGCGCGACGCACUUAUCCGCGGCAAGAAGAUCUUCUUCGAGUUCAGUAAUCGAAAUGAAAUCACAGUGCGUCCGGAGCACGAUACCCCACCUGCUUAUCAACAGCAGCAACUGCCUAGAACUGCACCGUACCAGCAGCCUCCGUCCAUGCAAUACCCUCCCCAACAAGACAUGCCUCAGUACCAAGGAGACACUGGAGGUCAACUUGGCUUGAUCCCUCACGAUGGCCCUCGUCGUGGCAUUGGUCCACCAAAUCAAAUUCUGAUGGUGUCGGUGUCCAAGAUCGAGUACGACGUCACAGUGGACGUGCUGCAACAGGUUUUCCAAAAGUUUGGCAACGUUCAGAAGAUCGUCACAUUCUGGAAGGAUAAUGAGUUCAAGGCGCUGGUGCAAAUGGAAUCAGUGGAUCAAGCUCAGGCUGCACAGUCUGCACUGGAUGGACGUGACAUCUACACAGGCUGCAACCAGUUGAGCAUCGUGUUUUCACGUCACCCGGAGCUUCGUGUGCGUUACAACGACGACCGAUCGCGCGAUUACACGAAUCCUAAUCUCCCUCCAGGCCCAGGGCGUGGAGAAGAUGAUCGCAAUGACCCCGAGCCCGUGACCCCCACUUCUUCUGACCGUCGAGACGCUCCUCGAGAUAGCGGAUACAGUAAACCGUCUCCACGUCGUGAUGAGUUCGACUACCGCGGACCUGCGAAUGUUCCUAACGUUGGACGUGGUGACCAAUAUGCUCCGGACAUGCGUGAUACUCGUAACCCACCGUCACGAUUCGAAGAACGUCCUCCGAGUAUGGACAGACCUCGUGAUGUUCGUGGUGGGCGUCAGUUACCGCUACAUUCGACAGGGCGAGCCAUACGAGGUGAUACCCGACCUUCUCCUGCGUUGAUUUGCAGCAAUAUUGAUCGCGAACUGAUUAGUCCACACCGCAUUUUUACGCUCUUUGGCUGCUUUGGCGACGUUCUCCGUAUCAAGAUCAUGUUCCGCAAGCGGGACACAGCGCUGAUCCAAUUCGUUGAUGAAGUUCAUUCGACCUCGGCGUUGGAUCACUUGGAUGGCGUAUACGUUUUCGGCAAGAAGUUACGUGUGGAUUACUCGAAGCACACAAGUGUGUCGAUGCCACACGCAGAUGCGGACCGCUUCGAGAUUGAGAAUACGCUCGACUUUUCGAACUCGCCGCUGCACCGCUACCGACGCCGCAGUCCGCAGGAGGCUGUCUCGCCCUGUCCGCUGCUUCACAUUUCUGGGAUUCCGAUGGAACUGCAGCGCAACCAGAACGCCCUUGUCGACCUUUUCGCGCAGUAUGGCUUGGUGAAGAACUUCCAUUUCUUGCAGAAUAACACCAAGAUGGCGCUGAUUGAGAUGGGCUCUCUGGAUGAAGCUAUCAUGGCACUCCUCCGACUGGACAAUAUGGCGUACCCGGACUCGCACAUGCGUAUAUCCUUUUCCAAAGCCUACCAGUUCCCUGCCGGCAACUGCGCUGGUCCUGGUCCUGGUCCUGGCCCUGGCCCUGGUCCUGCUCCUGGUCCUAUGCAUGGCCCUGGUGCUGAUUCAGGUGGCUGGAACCCGCGUCCGAGAGAUCGCAGCCGCGAUCGCGGUCGGAAUCGCGAGAGAGGCCCACCUCCAGGUGGAGAUCGAGACCGAUCGUUCCGAGACCGAGGCCCGCCGCCACAGCGUGGUCGUGACUUCCAACCACGGGACAACUCUCGCCGUCCUCCUCCACGAUACUGAUCCGCAGCCCUUGAAAGCUUCUCAUCUUGACAUUCGCAAGGCCUUCACGUCUUCUCCUUCUGGCAAGUGCAAUACUCUUCGACGUCGUGGCCUUCAGCAUACUUCAAGUUUUCUCCGCGCCAUCAGCUGCCUGCAUACUACUUUUUUGCUCUCCGUCCUGGUAAACAAACAAAAAUGCUGUCUUCAGCAUCGUUCUGCCUGUCUUCUGUCAAAAUUGGGCCAACCAUGCAAUUAUUUGUCAUCAGAAAUUAUUACAAGGCAACAGCAC